AUGAAGCAGAAGAAGAGCAAAGGCGGGCCGGGCCGGCCGGGGGCCGGCCGUCGUCGGACGGCUCUCAGUGAUGUCUCCCCUUCUACCAGUUUACCGCCUCUGGUGGAAGGAGCCCUGCGCUGCUUCCUCAAGCUGACUGUUAGCAAAAUCCUGUGGAUGGUCGCCAAGCCGCUGGCGCCGUCCCUGGUUCGGGUGAGAUGGUGGGGAGAAACCAGCAACGGCACCGUCUUCGUUUCCCAGGAUGCUUCCCAGCCAGAGCAGAAAAUCCUGAACGCCACCACCUGCUACCCAGUGCGAUGUGGGCCCAAGCAGUUUGCCUCUUACCUGGCAGAUAUGGGGGCUCUUGUCCUGGAAGUCAUGACCAAAUCAGACCACCUUCCGAUCGGACGGGUUCAAAUCAAGGGGCUGGCUCAGCUGUCCCCCAGCCACCCAAUCAGUGGAUUUUUCACCAUCGUUUCUCCGUCGUCGGAAAAGAUGGGAGAGCUGCAGAUAUCCCUGCAUCUGGAACCUCUGUCCGAUGUGUACGAAAGCAGCCACACGGUCCCCAGCACACAUGCGAAGAAAGAUGCUGCAGAUUUCAGCCACUCCCUUGCUCCGUCCCAGAUCCACAGACCAGCUGGCACACACCUGCAUGGAAGAGAGUCCAUAGGCAGCAGCAGAGCAAGUACUCCAAGGGGAAAAGAUCACUUAUAUUUCCAAGAGAACUCGGAGAAUAUCCCGAGGAGUAUUUCCGGAUCUCAACACCAUCCGAAUUGCGUCUUGAACGCGAAGGAUCCCAAGCCGCAAAGGGUGUUUUUGAACAGCUCUGAUCCAGAGGCACAAAUGAAGUCAGGCAAGGAAAGCACGCCGCCUGUCCGUGUUCUUCCUUACAACAGUCCAGCCACGAAGGAUCUCCUGACAGACCUUUUGGACCGAGGGAACCGCUUGCGAAAUGCGAUGGCUGUGUCCGCCAUGACAGGCAAUCCGGAUCCCGUCAUAGAGCUGUACGAAGUUCGACCUUCCAUAAAGCAGGACCUCUCCCGACAAGCUGGAAAAACUCUGAAGAAUCCUGGCCUUAUGUGUGAAGACCCUCUUGAGCCAUUGCGGGAAUGUUCGGAAUUUGAUUUGGAUGCUGAGAAAAAAGCCAUUGAGCUCCUGCUGGGCAGUUCUGAUUUAUCUCCGGAUCAUCUUGCGGACGUGGCGGGCUCUCCUCCCGAGUCUCUUUCCCCCGCGAGUCACCUGUACGACAGUGAAUUGAACGACCCUCACUACGACCAGAGUCUCUUGGAAAAUCUGUUCUACGCAGCUCAGAAAUCUGACGGCAGUUUCAGUGACAUGUUUAGUGACGAGGAGGAGGAGGUGGAGGCUGUUUCUUCUGGAAAACUAAGUCGGCCUCAGGGCACAAAGCUGCAGAGAUCACCAAAGGCUUUAGAAUCGAGUCCUCGCACGCGGAAAGGGAAGGCCUUGGAGACAAAAGCCAGCCGUUCCCCUCCUCAUCCGUCGCUCACCGAGUCCACAGAUGAAAUCCAAGCUGUCAAUUUGAGCCUGGACAGACUGGCCUUGUUGGGCCGGAUCCGCCUAGCCCGAGUGGUGAUUGACAGCUUAAGAGGGGUCCCGCCAGAGGACAGCGCUCAGAGUACCCCCAAUCCGAAGAGCCCCAGUGGGAAACCACCCAGGCCAGCUUUGGCUAAGAGAAGGACGCUCUUUGUCGAGUAUCACUUUCCAGUGGGAACUUCAAAAAAUGGGAUAGGCCAGACAGCCGUAACUACGGAGAUUGUUCGGGUGGCUUCCAGUAGAUUCUCAGCAGACGGGGUGAAGUUUCAACAACGCCACGUGUUCCCUGUCCACUUCAGUGGCUCCAUGAUCACCCAUUGGUGGAAGUCGCCCCUCGAAUUUAACUUGUUUUUGAAAAAAGGCACCCAAAGGAAGCCAGCGUUGAUCGGCACGGCAGCCUUUCCCCUGCGCGAUGUUCUUCGGUCCGAGGAUUUAUUCGUCAGCCGUGAAUUGCCGGUGAAAGAAAACGGCGUCCCAGGCCAAUCGGGGCCUUUACAGGUGUCUGUGGAGCUUGUCGUGGCCAACAAAGACGUCUCCAACAUCAAAGCAAGCAGCGCAUCGCCCAGAGCCCCCGUCGGUGCCGUCAGGAGCCACGGCGCCAUUUUGCAGGAGGCCGAAAGCAGCCCCUCUCCCUCUACCAGAAGCCCUCAACGGAGCCGCCAGAUCCCAGCGAGAAGCGAAGAUCCUUUGCCAGCCGCUUCUCCGAGGUCCCCCAAGGACGCGGGUCGGCAGCCGGUCCCUCCGCCCGUCUCCCGCAACCUCCUGACGCAGAUGAGCCCCUCGGGAGAGGAAGGGACGCUGCUGCACGUCCUCCUGAUGGUCUCGGAAGGGCAGAUCACUCUCCCUCCCAACGGGGGGCUGGACCUCGCUUGCAACCUGUACUUAAUCUGCAAGCUCUUCAGCACCGAAGAGGCCACCAGGUCUGCUGUCGUGUGGGGGACCCCGCGGCCCACCUUCCAUUUUUCUCAGAUUACCCCCGUUGCGUUGACAUCGAAACAUCUGGAGCGGCUGAAGAACAACGUCAUGGUGAUUGAGGUGUGGAAUAAGGUGCUCAGCCCGGGAGGGGACCGGCUGCUGGGACUGGCCAAGCUUCCCCUGCAUCAGUUCUACGUUUCGUUCAGAGACACCAAGGUUUCCAGCCUGCUGCUUCAGGCUCAGUAUCCAGUGCUGGCAGUGGAUGGCUCCGUGGACGUGGUCGACGUCUUCUCCGGUCAAAAGAACGGGACCCUGAAGACCACCUUAGCCAUGGGUUCAUCUGAUCAGGUCUUGGCGCUGCAGAGAAUCAAGAAGGAAGAAGGGACGGCAUCUCCAGCCGUGCCGCGCCCACCCCAUGCCCUGGACCCCUUCCCUGCAGCCUCCACUAAGGUGCGUCCACACCUGAGUGAAGGCCUGGUGGAACACACCUUUGAGGUCCACAUUGAGGGGCUCCAAGGCCUGACGCCCCUCCAGUCCACCGUCUGGGGAGAAGCAGACUGUUACGUCCAGUACCACUUUCCUGCUCCGGGUUCAGAGUCCGACGCGCUCCGGGAACUUGCAACCGUUCGCUUUCCUCCCUUCCGCAGGUACUACUACCCUAAUGUCCGCGAUCAGAUGGUGGCCCGGGCGAGCUUGCCCCUCUCGCGCCUUUGUGCCAUGGUUACCAUGCAGCACCGUCAGGAAGUGGGGGUCCAGACCUUCCGCCUGCCGGUGAUGCCGAGAAUCGGCAGCUCCGGGGAACUUCAUCCUCGGUCCUCAGGUUUGCUGCAAGUGAGCGUAAAGUACCGACAGGCUUUGAAAGGGAACGAAAGCCUGCUAGAGGCUCAGACCGUUUCCCUCUCUGUCCAAAUCCACGCAGCGGCCGGAUUGCAAGCAGCGGCCAGGGCGGUGGCCGAAAAGCACCCUCCGUUCCAAUACAGUGCGGAAAUCGGGCUCAACACCUACGUGUCGAUACACCUCCCCUUCCUUCCGGAGGCCGAGCGGCGCAGGACGAGAACCGUGGCUCGCUCGUUCUGUCCCGCGUUCGGGCACCACGCGGAGCUCCCCUGCCCUCUCGUGGUCCAGAGGAGCAGCGGAGAAUCCUGCUGCCUUGGGGAACUCCUGCAGCGGUCCGAGGUGGUGUUCCAGCUCUAUCACCAGCCCCUGAACCCAGCUCCAAGGGAAACUCAAACUUUGAAAGAUUGCCUGCUGGGAACCGUAAGCGUUCCUGCCAAAGACCUGUUAAUUCGAAGAUCAGGUCUCAGAGGUUGGUACCCCGUCAUCCUCCCAGAGGAUCUCUCCGCAUCGCAAUGUACAAAUGUCCUGCAAAGCGUCGUUGGAGGCUUGGAUCUUUCCGUUGCAUUUGUUCACCCCGGAGACCGAGAGCGUGUUCUGGAGACUGCACAUCUACUAGGCUGGAAUUGGAAGGAACCCUACUCUGAUGGUCUGCCGGAGGACAGCGAGAGCGAAGGCCACUCCCCUUCAACACCGGUCCGUGUGACUCUUUCUACUCCUCGGCUGUGGCUACCGCUACAGAGCAUGCUACUCGCAGGACAGACCCACUUAAAUAAAAGUGUCUAUUGCUACCUUCGCUAUAAACUGUACGAUCAAGAAGCCGCUUGGACCUCACUUAGGAGGCCGAAAAGAACAGAAGGCGAAAAACACGUGACUGUGACGUUUAAGAAUCCCAACCAUAUGGAGCUCCGGUCCAGUCCGGCCUUAUUCUGGUAUUUCAGGGAAGAAAAACUGGAACUCCAGGUGUGGCGAGCUUACGGCAAAGACGGUGAUACGGAAAGACCGCGGGAUACCGAUCGCUUGAUCGGCUCAGCGUACGUGGACCUGGCGUCGCUGGCAGACAGGCCACGAAAGAAGAGAGCAGUCAGUGGUGUCUUUCCCUUGUUCCGACGAAACGCUGCCAACCUGGGGGGAGCCGGGCUCCGCAUUCACAUUGCGGUGACACCUGCUGGUCCAUCGGGCGAGCCUGGGAACUCCGAAGAUGACCGGGAUAGCAGCAACAGCAACAGCGUUGAAGAAAAGAAGGCAGCAGAACAGCAACCGGAAGUCCGCACGGAGGCGAAUCCUUCCGCCGACGAGCUCCUCCAGGAGAAACCAGCUGUGAGUGAUCUGGAGAACACGUUCGCGGCGAGCAUUCUCGUGGAAAGAGCCAUGCACCUAAGCUUAAAAGGGAGCCCUCUUGCAGAGCGGGGCGUGACGUCGCCCAGUAGCUACGUGUCCUUCGUGGCCACGGACGCCGAUAACCCUUUCACCACCGCCACGGUGGAAAACACGGACUCCCCCGUGUGGGAUUUUCAGCAGCAGACAAGACUCUCCAAGGAACUUCUGUUGGAUUCCCAGAAAACUCUGGUCUUUAAAGUCUGGCAUAAAGCAGACGUGGAGCGAGUGAUGGGCUUCGCCUCCGUGGACCUCUCGCCCCUGCUCUGCGGCUUCCAGCACAUCUGCGGCUGGUACAACGUCACCGACCUCAGCGGGCAGUGCCGGGGGCAGGUGAAAGUCGCCGUCUGCCCGCUCGAAAAUAUCGCUCACCUGAAAGGAGAGAGGCAGGCCAGAAGCUGCCAGCUGGACGGCCCGGUUCCUAACAGGUCAUGGAACAGGAAUGUGCUGGAGAUGCCCACCUUAAGGCCUUUUGCUUCGCAGGCCAAGGACCCGACUGGAUCCCGUUACAAAGAGCACGUGCAGAAUGUCCGACGGUUCCACACGUCGUUACAGCAAGCGGAAGAAAACACGGACCCCCUUGGAAGGCUCGAUUCACUCUCCGGUCCCUCGCAGACGUCUCUCUUCAGAGCUCUCAGAAAAAACCUGAACGAGCUGGACGAAAUCCAGAGAUACUUCAGUGAGAAACUCACCAGACCUUUCACAGACUCAAAUGCUCCUGGUAGCACCAUGGAUGGUCUUGACAUCCAGAGAGCUUUCUCCAAGGGGCCAGAUCCAGAAGGAGACCAUCUGCAGAGGAAGCCCACUCAUCUGAUUUCUCAAGUUAGCAGCCAGAGUGUCGAAGACAUGCUGUAUGAAUUCUUUGACCCGACAGACUCCCGCAGAGUCCUUCCAUCGUGUCUACCGGACCUCCAGAGGGAGGAAGACUCUUCUCAGUCCCACAGCGAGGAAGAGUAUGAAGAGGCCAUUGUAGAACCUAGAACCCUGAACGAAAUCACCACCGUGACGGACAGAACCAGUCCCUGGUCCAGCUUCGUCUCCGAAACCGAGCGGGAACCCGUCCCCGAGGCCAACGUGACCACGGAUGGGGGAUAUUUAGCGAAAGAGAGCGCCCUCAGAAGCAGCUCCAUCUCUAACGGGAUCCACGAUGAUCCUUUGAGCGUGUCCAGCAUCGCUGGAUCCGGAAACAGCCCUUUCCGAGAAGAAGACGGGGGCAGAGUUGAGGAAGGACAAGAUCUAGACGCUGGGGAAGAAGGAUCCUCCGCUGCAGAGCAGGCGGAACCAGUGGAAAUCCGAACGGCUGGUCGAGGAAGACCACCGAAAGUCCAGGAAGAAGGACCUGAAGAAGCACCACCCGCCCACCAAGGUGGAGGAGACUUCGUAAGACCACCGACGGCUGCUCCAGAAGCGGGAGAAGGAACGGAAAACCCGCAGAGGGACCCCCAGCAGGAAGAAGGAAUCCGUGGGAAAGGAGAAGAGGGUUUCCACCCUUGUCCCGCGUCGGAGGAGACCGUGCAGCAGGCCGAGGCCUCGUCCGGAGAAGAUGACGAAGACCUGCCGGAAGAGUUCAGCGCGCCCACGCUCACCUUAUCCGAGCCUAUUAUGGUGCCCAAUUUCUUCCUUCCCCCACAACACCUGGAGGUCUCCAUGAGAUUUCUCACUCUUGAGAGCCCUUUCCCUCCUUCGUUUCAGACUGGAGAGGACCCAAGCCAGGCUCCGGGAAUGUCUGACCGAAGGCCGGUCCAGCCCAGUCCGCGCCCGAUGCCCCUCCAGCUGCCCGAAGAGGAAACGAAAAGGAUCGCUCGGAUCUUUUCCACGCAGUUCUCCAAAAAAGCAUAA